AUGCACCAUCGGUGGCACGCUCCGAAGACGGGUAACUGGAUUUAUUGGUACAGCUUCAAUUAUGGAGGUAUUCAUGUGAUCCAAAUGUCGACCGAGCACAACUGGACUCGAGGAUCAGAGCAAUAUGAAUGGCUCCAGCACGACCUGGAGCUUGUGGAUCGUAGUGUCACCCCAUGGGUAGUGCUAACAGCGCAUCGUAUGAUGUACACAACGCAGACGGACAUUGAGUCCGAUAUGAAUGUAUCCUAUGCAUUUCAAGAUGAAGUUGAAGACCUGAUCUACAAGCACGGUGUUAACCUGAUGAUGGUUGGCCAUGAACAUUCCUACGAGCGUAGUUGCCCUCUGUAUCGCAAAAAGUGUGUGGAUGACGGAAAAGGCACGAUACACGUCGUCAUAGGCAAUGCGGGAUUCCCCUUGGGACAGGAAGGUUUUUCCUCGAAGUAUGGGAAUUGGAGUCUUCGUCACGUAAAUGCGUAUGGGUAUCUUCGCAUCUCUUCGAGCCCGAGCAACAUGCAUGCUCAGUUUGUGCUAAACGAGAACGGCAACGUAUACGAUGAGUUUAUUGUCGCGCCAUGGGGUGGAUCGCAGGAGAUCGAUACUUGA